CACGUGUGACCGCAGCCUAUAGGACGUUGGCCCUAGCGUGACUUGCAUACAACUGGUUGAACUAGUUUCAAACUGAGCUCUGGAGUCGUUAGUAUGCUCAGCGCUCUCCGCAUGUGUGAGCCGGACUCGUCCAACCGGCUACUCCGUACAGCUUACAGACUGUAGUAGUAUAGUCCACUGUGUGUGUGUGUGUGAAUCAAAGUUGCCUUCUUUGAAUUCAAGAGCAGGCGUCUGUUUGCCGACUGGCGGAGCGACGUGGUCUGACUUGGAGCGUUUCUGUUCACAGCAGACUUGCUGACGGUGCAUUGUCCAUAACGCGUGGCUGCAGAACCGCAAAAGCCUAGAUGUCUUCUCCGAUCGCCGUUGAGAAGAUGGCGGUUCCCGAGGCCGAGGAUCUCCGGAGUCUCGUGGAACCGUUUGGGUUCGAGGAGCGGUUCGACUCGGCGGGGUUCCACCGAUGGUUCCGGGCGCGGUGGUGGUGGAGCGCCGUGUUCUCCGCAGCGUAUGUCCUGCUGGUGUUCGGCGGGAGAAGCCUCAUGAGGCACCGAGAACCGUUCCGGUUACGCCUCCCCCUGGUGCUGUGGAACACCGGACUGGCUGUGUUCAGCAUCCUCGGCGCGCUGCGCACGAACGUGACCUUAGCGCACAUCAUCCUACAGAAGGGUUUCCUGUUCUCAGUCUGCAAACCGCUGCUCCUGACCGGACCUGUAACCGGCUUCUGGGCGGCCGCCUACUCCAUCAGUAAGUCCGUCUGUAUGUUCAAGUGGUACGCGUACUCUGAACUGGCCGGGCCUGUGGGGUAUUUUGUGGCGAUGAACUACACAGUCCAUGCCGUGAUGUACUCGUACUUUGCUGUAAGAGCCGCGGGCUACAGACUGCCGAGGAAGCUCUCCAUGGCCAUCACUGUCUUACAGAGCUCACAAAUGGUGGGAGGACUGCUGAUUGGUGGAUACGCCCAUCUGACGUACCAAUCAGGGGAGGCCUGCCAUUGGUCGGAUUUCGCGUCCCUCCUCUGCGUCGCCAUGUACGGCAGCUACCUGGUGCUCUUCCUGCACUUCUUCGCGAAGUCUUACGUCUCCAAGACUCCAAGGCCUAAGAAAGAUUGAUGUCUUCUUCGUCAUGUGCACUCAAGAACCCACUUCUCAAGUGACUUCUUUCAGUCGUGCGCCUUGCCUUCAAGGCCGUCAGUACAACACCCAAGAAUCUUUUGUCUCCAAGACUCGAAGAUCCAAGAAGGAGUGAUUUCCUUUUCUCAAGUCUCCGUUUUCAAGACUCAAAGACCCAAAGCCACACGGUCCAAAAAGCUUAAGAAUGCGUUAUCAAGUAAAAACUGAAAUUCAGUUUCAGUCCAUGUGAUUUUGCACAUGCGUAUAAUUCUAAGCCAUCCAGAAAGCUCAGUGAAUAUUUUCAUCAUGUUCGUAAAAAAAAGAAACUGAAUAAAAAAUGGUUGAACAGGUUGCCUCUUUAUUAAUCCAGAAAGCUAGUUUUACUUUAAUCAAUUCAGUUUAACUCACCUGAAUAUUUUGAUUAGGUGCAUAGCGAUGGUGCCAUUUCCAUUUUU